AUAAAAAAUUAUAAGCAAAAUUUUUAAGUUGACUUUUUUCCCAUUUUAACUAUUUAACUUUGAUUAAUUUCUAUUCUAACUAAUAACCACAACAGUGGAAAUAUGAGUCGCGCCAUUGAUGUUCUUCUCGAGCGUGUACGUGGUCAUCAAAGAGUGCCCUCCGAUUCUAAAGAAUUUCAUGAGGUAACCAAACGUGAUGCACUCCGUUUGCUUGAAAAUGAAUUGGAUCGGUUACUUCAGACAUCUGAGACUAGUAAAAGGUCACCACUACAGCAGGAAAUGGGACGGUUUGCCGAUUUGUUUGGACGUUUUCUACAAGAGGAGGGUCCGUCCAUUGAUUGGGAUAAAAUACAAAAAUUACCUGCAAAUGCUGUUAUGGAUUAUACAACAUUAAAAGCACCCAAAAAUGAACAGGAUGAGAUUCGAAAAAUGUUGGAUAAAUUAGUUGUUAUAAAGCUCAAUGGUGGCUUGGGUACAUCAAUGGGUUGUCAUGGACCUAAAAGUGUCAUACCAGUGCGAUCUGAUUUGACUUUCCUGGAUUUAACAGUGCAACAGAUUGAGCAUUUAAAUAAAACUUACGAUGCUAACGUUCCUUUAGUUCUUAUGAACUCAUUCAACACCGAUGAAGAUACAGAAAAAAUAAUAAGAAAGUAUACUGGAUUUAGAGUACAAAUACAUACUUUCAAUCAAAGCUGUUUUCCAAGAAUAAGCAGGGAAUCAUUUUUGCCAAUUGCAAAAGAUUUUGACAUAGAUAAAGAUAUUGACGCUUGGUAUCCUCCUGGUCACGGUGAUUUUUACGAUACCUUCCGUAGUUCCGGUUUGUUACAGAAGUUCUUGGACGAAGGUCGUGAAUAUUGUUUCCUAUCGAAUAUUGAUAACUUGGGCGCAACUGUUGAUUUGAAUAUCUUGAAUAAACUAGUUGGUGAGGAACGUUUGGACAAACCUGAAUUUGUUAUGGAAGUAACAGAUAAAACGCGUGCUGACGUUAAGGGUGGUACUCUUAUACAAUUUGAAGAUAAAUUACGUCUAUUGGAAAUAGCGCAAGUACCCAAGGAGCAUGUUGAUGAUUUCAAGUCGGUCAAGACAUUCAAAUUUUUCAACACCAACAAUAUUUGGGCUAAACUAGAUGCCAUUGAUCGUGUAUUACGAGAACGCACACUCAAUAUGGAAAUUAUUGUCAAUAAUAAAACAUUGGAAAAUGGCUUACGUGUCAUCCAGUUGGAAACCGCUGUUGGUGCAGCUAUGAAAUGUUUUGAUGGCUCAAUUGGCAUCAAUGUACCACGUUCACGCUUCUUGCCUGUUAAGAAAACUUCCGAUUUAUUAUUGGUUAUGUCGAAUUUGUAUCAUUUGAAAAAUGGAAGCCUGGUUAUGUCACCACAACGUAUGUUCCCCACCACACCACUUGUCAAAUUAGGAGAAAAUCAUUUCUCAAAAGUAAAAGAGUUCCUUGGACGUUUUGCAAAUAUACCAGAUAUUAUUGAACUCGAUCAUUUAACUGUAUCGGGAGAUGUAACUUUUGGACGUGGUGUUUCAUUAAGGGGUACAGUCAUUAUUAUAGCAAAUCACGGUGAUCGUAUCGAUAUACCCGCUGGUGCUAUAUUAGAUAAUAAAAUUGUAUCAGGCAACAUGCGCAUUUUGGAUCAUUAAUAAUUUUUGAGAUUUGUUGGAACUUAUCUUGCAUAUGUUGAAAUUAUUGAAAAUCGUUUAUUACUCUAUGAAUAGCAGUUCAUCAAACUAUAUAUAUAAAACUAUUAGGGUCUGCAAUAUUAAGCUUAAGUAGAAAACGCUGUUGUUUUAAAUGUUGAAAAGUGUUCACUGUUUGAAUUAAAUCAGUUUAUACAAUAUAAUAUGCGCAAAUUAAUUUAAUGUUUUUAUAGCGAUUAUAUAAUUACUUGUGUAUAUAUGUUUUAAAUAAGCUUUAACAUUUAAUUCAUGUCUCUAUCAUUUUUAAUUAG